CGGGGCGGAGCGGGGCGGUGCCCGCCCGCCGCGGCCGGGAAGCGGCUCAGCCGCCGCCGCCGCCGUGCAGUUCGUCCGGGUGCAGCGAGAGGCUCUUCGUGGUUCCCGCCGCUGCAGGUAUAAGCAUACAUGGCUCCUGGUGUCUCAAAUGAGAAGAAAACUGAUGACGAACAGUCUUCAAAGUCCUCUGUAUUCUUGUUACCAGUCUCAUGCUGUAGAGUUUUCUCCUCCUGGCUGGAGAAAAUGAAAGAAGACAUCCUGUACCAUUUUGCACUUGGGACUGGUACCCAUGAUUUUCCAGCAUUGUUUGGAGAUGUAAAGUUUGUAUGCGUUGGAGGAAGUCCUUCACGGAUGAGAGCUUUUAUCGCCUACAUAGCUGAAGAACUGGGGCUUGGGAGCCCUGGUUGUGACUAUCCUAACAUCUGUGCGGGAACUGACCGUUAUGCAAUGUACAAAGUGGGACCUGUUUUGUCAGUCAGUCAUGGUAUGGGCAUUCCUUCUAUUUCAAUCAUGUUGCACGAGCUGAUCAAACUGUUGUAUCAUGCCAAGUGUUCCAACAUAACCAUUGUUCGCAUUGGCACCUCUGGUGGAAUAGGUCUGGAGCCAGGCUCAGUGGUUAUAACUAGGCAAUCUGUAGAUGCCACCUUCAAACCUCAGUUUGAACAGGUUAUUCUGGGAAAGACUGUAAUUCGCAGUACAAACCUAGAUGAACAGCUAGCUAAGGAACUGAUGCAGUGCAGUAAAGAAAUCGGUCAGUUCAAUACAGUCAUUGGAAACACUAUGUGCACUUUGGAUUUCUAUGAAGGACAGGGCAGGUUGGAUGGUGCAAUCUGCUUAUAUAAUGAAGAAGAGAAACUGCAAUAUUUGAAGGAAGCUUAUGAUUCUGGUGUCAGAAACAUAGAGAUGGAGUCUUCCGUAUUUGCGGCAAUGUGUAAUCUCAGCGGUGUCAAAGCUGCCGUAGUGUGUGUCACUCUUCUGAAUCGGCUUGAGGGGGACCAGAUUAAUAGCUCACAUGAUGUACUUGUGGAGUAUCAGCAGAGGCCACAGAAGUUAGUGGGAUAUUUCAUUAAGAAAAGUCUUGGGAAAGUAUGAAAUAUCCACCAUAGAAGCAGAAGGCUUUUGCACAGCUGAAGUCAUGGUCAUGACUUCUGUGCAUUUAAGGUCUUUUGCCUCAGAAUACCUUACAGCAUUCCGUGUGUCUGUGGAAGCUAAUAAUUUUUGUCAGUGUCCUUUGGCAACUGAAUGUGCUGAAUUCACUUUUCUGUGAUUUGGAAAGGGGAUCUGUUGUGAAGGACAAGCCUGCUAUAAUAUAUGAAAAGGCCUUAUUUAUCCCUGCUAUAAAAGAAAAACUAGGAAGAGAAUCAAACUUUAUUGCCAAAUACUUGCAAACCACCAAAUUAAAAUUAACUUAAGAAUGCUAUUCCCUUUCUUGUUGCUACAAAAAAUUAUAUAAGUUAUAUUUGUCUUUGUUGCUUCACUUGUAAAGAAAACUUAAAGUGAAUGCGGUUUAUUUUUUGCAAACUUUGACAAAUAAACAAUACUAUUUUCAUAUAUUAAAAUUUCAUGAAAUUG